CGCGGGAGCGGGGCUCGGGCUUAACUGCGCCCGAGCGCUCCCGACUGCGCGCUGCGCAUCGCCGGCUACGGCCCCAAAGCCGCCGCGCCUCCUCCGGAGCGGGCCGGCCUGGUGCGGCCGGGGUGAUGUGAGCAGGGGCACCGCGGGCGCGGCCGGCCGCAGCGAUGUGGCUGAAGCCGGAGGAGGUGCUGCUGAAGAACGCGCUGAAGCUCUGGGUGACCCAGAAGACCAGCUGCUACUUCGUUCUGCAGCGGCGGCGCGGCCACGGCGAGGGGGGCGCCCGCCUCUCGGGUCGCCUGGUCGGCGCUCUGGACGCAGUGCUGGACUCCAACGCGCGGGUCGCCCCGUUUCGGAUUCUGCUGCAGGUCCCCGGGUCCCAGGUCUACUCCCUCAUUGCUUGUGGUGCGACAUUAGAGGAAAUAAACCAGCACUGGGACUGGUUGGAGCAGAACCUCCUCCAUACUCUGUCCGUCUUUGACAAUAAAGAUGACAUUGCCAGCUUUGUCAAAGGAAAAGUCAAGGUGGGUCUCUUAAUUGCCCUGAUCGCUGAGGAGACCAGCAGCCGGCUGGCGGAGCAGGAGGAGGAGCCCGAGAAGUUCCGCGAGGCCCUGGUGAAGUUUGCAUCCAGGUUCAACUUCCCUGAGGCAGAGAAGCUGGUCACCUACUACUCCUGCUGCUGCUGGAAGGGCCGGGUGCCUCGCCAGGGGUGGCUGUACCUCAGCAUCAACCACCUCUGCUUCUACUCCUUCUUCCUGGGCAAGGAGCUUAAACUUGUCAUCCCAUGGGUGGAUAUACAGAAGCUGGAAAGGACGUCCAACGUCUUCCUCACGGACACCAUCCGGAUCACCACGCAGAACAAGGAGCGUGACUUCUCCAUGUUUUUGGACCUGGACGAGGCCUUCAGGAUCAUGGAGCAGCUGGCGGACGUCACGCUCCGGAGGCUGCUGGACAACGAGGUCUUCGAGCUGGACCCAGACCUACAGGAGCCGAGCCAGAUCAGCAAACGGGACCUGGAGGCGCGGGCGCAGAAUGAGUUCUUCCGGGCCUUCUUUCGGCUUCCGCGGAAGGAGAAGCUGCGCGCGGUGGUGGACUGUGCCCUGUGGACGCCCUUCAGCCGCUGCCACACCGCGGGCCGGAUGUUCACCUCCGACAGCUACAUCUGCUUCGCCAGCCGUGAGGACGGCCGCUGCACUGUGGUCCUGCCACUCCGCGAGGUUGUGAGCAUAGAGAAGAUGGAGGACACGAGCCUGCUGCCCAACCCUGUGAUCGUCAGCAUCCGCAGCAAGAUGGCCUUCCAGUUCAUUGAGCUCAGGGACAGGGAGGGCCUGGUGGAGAGCCUGCUGGCGAGACUGAGGCAGGUCCACGCCGACCACCCCGUGAGCUACGACACCUCGACAAGUGACGAUGGCAACAUGAUGACACCUGUGUUCUACUCAAGCAUAUGUGGUGACCACAAGUUUGGGGAUCUUGAAAUGGUGUCCCCUCAGGGCCACAAGGAGGAGAAGAGCCUGUCACCAUGCCCUGAGCCCCUGACCCCUGUUUUCCCUCCAUCGGGCAGCCCAAGACCUGACUCACGCCUGUCCCGGGAGCAGAUAAAGAUCAGCCUGUGGAAUGACCACUUUGCGGAGUACGGCAGGACGGUGUGCAUGUUCCGCACCGAGAAGAUCCGCAAGCUCGUGGCCAUGGGGAUCCCCGAGGCCCUGCGCGGUCGACUCUGGCUCCUGUUCUCAGAUGCUGUGACAGACCUUGCAUCACACCCGGGUUAUUACGGGAAGCUGGUGGAGGAGUCGCUGGGCCGGUGCUGCCUGGCGACCGAGGAGAUUGAGCGUGACCUGCACCGCUCCCUGCCCGAGCACCCGGCCUUCCAGAGCGAGACCGGUAUUGCUGCGCUCAGGAGGGUGCUCACAGCCUAUGCGCACCGCAACCCGCGCAUCGGGUACUGCCAGUCCAUGAACAUCCUGACCUCUGUGCUGCUGCUGUAUGCCAAGGAGGAGGAGGCCUUCUGGCUGCUGGUCGCUGUGUGCGAGCGGAUGCUGCCCGAUUACUUCAACCACCGCGUCAUCGGUGCUCAAGUGGACCAGUCUGUCUUCGAGGAGCUCAUCAAGGGACAUCUGCCGGAGCUGGCGGAGCACAUGAAUGACCUCUCAGCCCUGGCGUCUGUCUCCCUCUCGUGGUUCCUGACCCUGUUCCUCAGCAUCAUGCCCCUGGAGAGUGCCGUGAAUGUUGUGGACUGCUUCUUCUAUGAUGGGAUUAAAGCCAUCUUCCAGCUGGGGCUGGCUGUGCUGGAAGCCACUGCCGAGGAGCUGUGCAGCAGCAAGGACGACGGCCAGGCCCUGAUGAUCCUCAGCAGAUUUCUAGAUCACAUUAAGAAUGAAGACAGCCCGGGGCCCCCGGUCAGCAGCCACCAUGCCUUUUUCUCUGAUGAUCAGGAGCCCUAUGCUGCGACUGACAUCGCUGACCUCAUCCGGGAUGCCUACGAGAAAUUCGGGGACCAGUCCGUGGAGCAGAUUGAGCACCUGCGCUGCAAGCACCGGAUCCGGGUGCUCCAGGGACACGAGGACACCACGAGGCAGAACGUGCUCCGCGUUGUCAUUCCGGAGGUCUCGCUUUCUCCUGAGGACCUGGAGGAGCUCUACGACUUAUUCAAGCGGGAACACAUGCUGAGCUGCUACUGGGUGCAGCCCGGGCCUGUGGCCCUGCGCCAUGACCCCAGCAGGCCCUAUGCCGAGCAGUACCGCAUCGAUGCCCGGCAGUUCACGCGCCUCUUCCUGCUGCUCUCGCCCUGGACCUGCGGGGCCCACACGGAGAUCCUGGCUGAGAGGACCUUCCGGCUGCUGGAUGACAACAUGGACCAGCUCCUGGAGUUCAAGGCCUUUGUGAGCUGCUUGGAUACGAUGUACAAUGGAGAAAUGAACGAGAAAAUCAAACUGCUGUACAGGCUUCAUAUUCCUCCAGCACUCACUGAAAAUGACCGGGACAGCCAGUCACCAUUGAAGAGUCCUCUGCUGUCCACAUCCAGGCCGCUGGUGUUCGGCAAGUCCAAGGGUGAUGCCAUUGAUUAUCAGAAGCAGCUGAAGCAGAUGAUUAGAGAUCUAGCCAAAGAAAAAGACAAAGCCGAGAAAGAGUUGCCCAAAAUGAGCCAGAGAGAAUUUAUCCAGUUCUGUAAGACUCUGUACAGCAUGUUCCAUGAAGACCCACAAGAAAACGACCUGUACCAAGCCAUCGCCACAGUCACCACCCUCCUGCUGCAGAUCGGGGAGGUGGGCCAGCGCAGCAGCAGCUCUGGCAGCAGCUCCCAGGAGUGUGCAGAGGAGCUGCAGGGCCCUGCCCCCUCUCCAGAGGACUCCGUCUUCACAGAGCCUGGCAGGCCCACCCAGGAUGCCCCUCGGAUGUUUCCUGACCCCGCGGAAGGGGUCUGGACAGUCUCCCUGGAACAUAUCCUAGCAUCGCUGCUCACGGAACAGUCCUUGGUGAACUUCUUUGAAAAGCCACUAGACAUUAAAUCCAAACUUGAGAACGCCAAGGUCAAUCAGUAUGGCCUCAAUACUCUUGAAAUGAGCCGCCAGUCACAGCCUGAAUUGAAGCUGGGCAAUGCAUAGAGGUGGGUACUCCCUGGUGCACAGUGGGGUCUACCUGGCAAAGGUUGGCCCAGCUGUCACUGUCACCCUGGGCUUUGUCAAGGACACUGCAUAAACUGGGUAUCCUGAAAGCUGGCUGGGAAGGCUGAACUCCCAAUCAUUUCUAUUUAUUGUUGAAGAAAAUCAUCAGUUGACCAGGCAGUGGUGCAGGACUGUCACUUCCACUGACUGGUGACCUGGCUUCCAGCAAGCCUGCUACCAUGCGUGUUUCUGCUCUGAUGCUGGUGUCAUGCAGUAACACAAGGAUCACCCUUGCAGAGCAAGGAAAACCCUGUGCUCUGGUCUUCACGUAGGGCAAGGAAGGACAAGUCACGUUCGCUUCCCAGAUCUCAGCCACAACCUGUGCAAUCGUUUUUGACUUUUUUUUUUUCUCUGCACUAGUUUUGUUUCAAUGCUGGUAAUUGAAACCAUUUUAAUAUUUUUGGUUGUAUUCACUUUGGAUAUGCCUUCUGAAAAGUGUCAAAACUGCUUUCAAUGUUGGCCUCCAUGGUUUUUAAUAAAUUUUUUGUAUCG